UCUGUUUUAUGAUCAUUACAGGUGGAAAAAUGGUGAUCAUUAGUAAAGAGCCGAUGGCCUAUCCCUCGAUGAAAAUAUACCGAGGAAAUGACCCAACACUUAUAGAGUUUCCGAUCAAGAAAACAGAGGAUUUCUUCGAGAAGAAGGGAAGUUUUGCUGAAAGGUUGAAGUGGGGUCUGAAAACCGGUUUGAUCGCUGGACUAGGCUGGACUACAGCUGAUAUUCUCUCAUUCUCCAGGAUUACCGAUAGGCGCGCGCAGAUUGCCCGUGGCGCGUUCUUCACUAUUCCUGCCGUAUCUGCAAUGGUCGGUUUUGUGGCGCUUCUCGAGAUUGCUAAGAAGAGUGUUGGUCGUGAGCACUACAAAACAGCGUUUGCAGUAGCUGCUGCUGCUCCCGCUACUGUUUACUGUGUUUGGAGAAGAAAUAUUGCUCCUUUUGCCAAGGUUUACAUCCCUGUGGCACUCUGGGGAGUAACUUAUCAGACUUCUAUUGAUGACAACAAAUACUUUGGCUGGGGAGCAGUCACUGAUAAUCCUAAUGAUCCCAGGGAUACCUUCCACAGAAGCCUCUCUAUGUUUGGAGAGGCUGUACGACCUGAAUUUUUCCACACCAAAUAUUUCCGUGGAGGCCUUCUCCAGCCUGCGGACCCUGGACCAACCUACGCCAAGUUUGAGAAGUAACAUGGGCCCUGGAAUUACCCUAGUUAAAUAUAGUUUGUCUAGAUCCUCUUACUUGCUUUAUAAAUAUUCUUAAACUGAAGAGUAUAAUAAUGCAACCCUCCCCUUUAAUAGAUACUGAGUCUAAUGAAUGAAAAUAUAUUCAGA